AUGUCAACGAAGGCGAAAUUGCAAGAUGAAGUCAUUCCAAAUGAAGAGAGUUCCAAGACAACUAAUUCAUUUUAUGAUGAAGAGAACUCCGUGAAAUUAGAUGGAAGUGCUCAUGAUCUUUUGCAAUUCAGGGAAUAUUGUGAGGCAUUACGUGAAACAAUAAAAAAUACAUGGCAACGUAAAAAGUCUCAAGAAAAAGUUAAUGCUUCUCAUUUCGCUCUUUUGAUGAUGUCUUUAAAAGAAUUGAACAGGAGGACACAGUUUCGAAUUCGAAAAGCUCGAGAAAUAACAGCUGAGAAUAAGAACAAAGUGGAUCAGUUACAUUUAGGUUUACAAAAUCUUUUAUAUGAAGUUGCUCAUCUCGAAAAUGAAAUUCAGACGUGUCUAGACUUUAGAUCACGACAUGAAGAUAUAAAACUAAUUCCAGCGGAGGAAUUUUAUGAGAAAACUGGCCGCAAAGUUGGAAGUUUGUCACAGCAUCAAGAAACGUUAGAGCGUCUCUAUUGGGAGCUUGAACAAAGGAAAUCUUUAUCUGACUCUUGUGACAAGUUGAAGAAUGCAGUUGAAUCUACCUCGCAAACAAUUAAGAAGAAACGAAAUUACUUAGCAAGUUUUGGACCAAAACUAAAGGACGUCGUUGAAAGCACUUUGAUUGUUCAAGAGCUAAUGGAUUUACCAUUCACAAAUGACAAUGAACAACAUAGACUGGCCUUUCUUUUACCUUCACCGCUGUAUAUUCUGUACUCUCUCUUAAAGUCAUACAUAUCCAUGUCAGGAACAGAAUCAGAACUUUCCGUGUCUGUCGAAGGGGAUUCAGAAAUGGCCAAAGCUGUUAAUCAGUCAAUGGAGCAGUCAGAGUCACAGUCUUCCCCUCAAGAAGCUGAAGAUUCUGAUUUGGAAGAUGGAGACGGAAAUAAAAAUCGCAAAAAGAAGCGUCAUGCAAACGAAGAUUUAGAUGAAAUGGAUAAGGAAUCUGCCACUGAGAAAACAAUAAAUUUGCAUCCUCUAACCGUCUUGCUAACAGUCUCUGUUCCCAAAACUUCAGAUAUAUCACUGAGUGAAUACGGUUUCAAGAUAAACUUGUCAUUUGCCUGGAUAUUGAAUCUAAAUUUGGUAACAGUUAGAUUACAGUUUCCAUUUGAUAAAAGUAAUCCAAUUUUUCGAUCAAAACUGGAAACUGCUCCAUUUUCAAGAGCAGCUGGUUGUGAAAUGCUUCUGUGUUUCAUCACCCUGCUUAAUUCUGAACAACUUUUGUCGAGUUUACCAUGGUCUUGUGAUCAGCUUGGUUUCAAUGAUUGUAGUUCUGAUAUGCCUAUUUUAUUUCUACCUGACUGUCAAAAAUCUCUUGUAUGGAAUGCAUGUGAAUCCAUUGGACGACCAUAUUCUUGGGCUCAACAACUUUCAGGGAUAAAUUGUUUCCCAGACCGGUUGCCGGAUGCUAAAUCUAAUGAUCAGUCAUCUUUAAAAUCUGAUCAAAGUGAGCCUUUCGGUGAGAUUCAGGCAUGGAUUAAAUCUCUUCAGUCACGUAUUAUUGAUAGACUGUAUCUUAUUGAAGAGCUUUCAGAAAUUGAACGCUCCAAUUUAGUGUUAUCACCUGAACAACAGCAGCUGAUUCCAUCUGAAAUUGAUCUUGGCAUCAUCAAGUGGAAAAACUCUGAUUUUGAAGCAUUACGGUCCGUACCUCGUGCUCAAGUCAUGAUGUCAUUGAAUCUUAUUCGUUCUGAAGAUGCCAUAUUCCAGUGUCAUUUUGGAAAGAGUGAGAAUUCUUUUGUCAUUGUGUGGGUUUGCAUCCCACCGCAGUAUCCUCAUAGAGCACCAUUGUUAAUUAUGGAUGGGUUAAUCACUUAUGCUGGCUCCGUUGGUUCACGAAAUACAGAGGAUAUUGUAACUGAUCUAUCUGAUCUUCAUAUACAGGAAUUAGAAACAGAAGUAAAUUGUUAUUGGCAUGAAUUCUUCACCUCGUCUUUGGAUCAAAAUGUUGGCCAGGCAAUUGUCAAUCAUGCCAACAGUAAUAAUAAUGGUGACAGUUGUAAUGUUACUGUUACAAAUUUUACUGGCAACGCUACUAUCAACAGUGAAAAUAAUAUAACUUCUAAUUUACUAGUGAAUGACAGUAAUCAGUGUACUGAAUUGAAUAAAUGGCGUCGUAAUAUAUUAUCCUGCCAGUUAGCUCGAUGCGCUGCUUGCAUUGAUGCUUUAUGUCGUGAUCAAGUGUUGUGGAAGAAUUCAUUAAAAUCGCUGAACAAUUCAUCUGUUCGCACUGUUAGAUAUCCAACUAGAAGUCGACCUCUUCGUUAUCUUCCUUCUCCAGGUGCUUUUGUGCAUCGUUAA